AUGGCGGUCACGCGCGCGAUCGCGCGUCGCUCGCGCGGGCGCGCGGGCGCGGUCGCGCUCGUCCUCGUCCUCGUCGUCGCGCUCGCGAGACAGCGGGCGUCGUUCGCGUCGACGACGACGAUGACGCCGUCGAACGAUGGAUCCUUCGUGGACGACCGCGGGACGCGCGUGCGGGCGCCGCCGUCGCCGACGUCCGUGGUCCCGAACGCGCUCGAACGUCUUCGUGCGCGCGGGGGGGCGGGCGAGGGUGGAGGCGUGGACGUGGAUGAGGACGCGACGCGCGCGGCGCGCGCGGCGGCGGCGCGGGCGGGGAAGCGACGACGCGGGAUCGAGUUCGCGUGUGGGAACUGUGCGUUGGAGCUCGACGCGAGAGGGAAGUACUCGCUCAUGGGGAUUAUUCCGAGAGCGGAUCGCGCGACGGAGGAUGGGAAGCGGGCGCUGGCGGCGGGCGCGGCCGUGGCGGCGCCGCUGCGCGCGGUGCCGUUCAAGCGGGCGCGAUUCGAUUACGUCGUCAUGCUCGAGACGUUUGAAAAGAUUAACGCGCGAGUGAGUGGGGAGAUCGUUGAUCCGGUGAUUAAUGAGGCGACGCGGGUGGCGAAGAAAGGGGCGAUCAUGGUGUUCGCCAAGCGCGCGGGCUCCGAUCGAGCCCGCGGGUGGUGGAUGGAUACGUUUUGCGCGCACGGUUGGGCAGAGGAUACCAAGUUGUACUCCAAAAUUGUCCCGAUAGAUGUCCGAAGGCGGGGUAACGUCUUCGUUCUCCGACGGUUGAAGCGCGUCAAGAUGGAAAAGUGUCGGUGCUCGGCGCCAGAGGGCGCGGACGCGAAAGAUUAUUGCGGCGCCCCGGGUCGACCGAACGCUCAAAGCGAGGUUCGCGAGUAUUGGCGAUCGAUUAAACGUCCGCGUUCGUUCGCAUGA